AUGAAGGGACGCGGCUGCUGGGAGACGGCCUCCGUGCGCUCCUUCUGCAGCUCCGGCUGCCUGAAUAAAUUUAAAAAGGAUGACUCUGGGGACGACGAGGACACUGCCUCUCCAGCUGACAAGAGUGAGCUACACCAAACCCUGAAGAACCUCUCCUUGAAGCUAGACGACCUCGGCACGUGCAAUGACCUCAUCGCCAAGCACGGGGCCGCGCUGCAGCGCUCCCUAAAUGAGCUGGACGGCCUCAAGAUCCCGCCCGAGAGCAGUGAGAAGCUAAAGGCGGUGAACGAGCGGGCCACGCUCUUCCGCAUCACGUCAAAUGCUAUGAUCAACGCCUGCAGGGACUUCCUGGAACUAGCAGAGACACACAGCCGGAAAUGGCAGCGGGCACUGCAGUAUGAGCAGGAGCAGCGUGCCCACCUGGAGGAAACCAUCGAGCAGUUAGCCAAGCAGCACAACAGCCUCGAGCGGGCCUUCCGCAGCGCCCCUGGCCAGUCCAACAACCCCACCAAGAGCUUCAGCGAGGGAAGCCUCUCGACUCACAAAGGAGAGGACAGUGAGGAAGAUGAAGACACCGAGUACUUCGAUGCCAUGGAAGACGCCACAUCCUUCAUCACCGUGAUCACUGAGGCCAAGGAAGACAGAAAAGCUGAAGGUGGAACCGGGGCAGGCUCUGUGGAAUGGACCUCAUCAGACAACACAAGUGAGGUGCUAGAUGCUGCCUCACUUGUGCCCAAGGGUUCAUCCAAGGUCAAGAGAAGAGUCCGCAUCCCCAAUAAGCCUAACUACAGCCUUAACCUCUGGAGCAUCAUGAAGAACUGCAUCGGCCGGGAGCUCUCCAGGAUCCCCAUGCCGGUGAACUUCAAUGAGCCCCUGUCCAUGCUCCAGCGGCUGACCGAGGACCUGGAGUACCACCAACUGCUGGACAAGGCGGUGCACUGCACCAGCUCCGUGGAGCAGAUGUGCCUGGUGGCCGCCUUCUCUGUGUCCUCCUACUCCACCACCGUGUACCGCAUCGCCAAGCCCUUCAACCCCAUGCUGGGGGAGACCUUCGAGCUGGACCGCCUUGAUGACAUGGGCCUGCGCUCCCUCUGUGAGCAGGUGAGCCACCACCCCCCGUCAGCUGCACACUACGUGUGCUCCAAGCACGGCUGGAGCCUCUGGCAGGAGAUCACCAUCUCCAGCAAGUUCCGGGGAAAAUACAUCUCCAUCAUGCCACUGGGUGCCAUCCACUUAGAAUUCGAGGCCAGCGGGAAUCACUACGUGUGGAGGAAGAGCACCUCCACUGUGCACAACAUCAUCGUGGGCAAGCUCUGGAUCGACCAGUCAGGGGACAUCGAGAUUGUGAACCAUAAAACCAACGACCGGUGCCAGAUAAAGUUCCUGCCCUAUAGCUACUUCUCCAAAGAGGCAGCCCGGAAGGUGACAGGAGUGGUGAGUGAUGGCCAGGGCAAGGCCCAGUACGUGCUGUCCGGCUCAUGGGAUGAACAGAUGGAGUGCGCCAAGAUCGUGCAAAGCAGCCCCAGCUCUGACGGGAAGCAGAAGACGGUGUACCAGACGCUGCCGGCCAAGCUGCUGUGGAAGAAGUACCCGCUGCCGGAGAAUGCGGAGAACAUGUACUACUUCUCCGAGCUGGCCCUGACCCUCAACGAGCUUGAGGAGGGUGUGGCGCCCACUGACAGCCGCCUGCGGCCCGACCAGCGGUUGAUGGAAAAGGGCCGCUGGGACGAGGCCAACGCCGAGAAGCAGCGGCUGGAGGAGAAGCAGCGCUCGUCGCUGCGCCAGCGGCUGGAGACCUGCGCACCCAGCAGCCGCUGCAGCACAGAAGAAGCAGAGAAGGAAGCAGACACGUACUUGCCACUGUGGUUCGAGAAGAGGCGGGACCCGCUGACGGGGGAGAUGGCCUGCAUAUACAAGGGCGGCUACUGGGAGGCCAAGGAGAGGCAAGACUGGCACAUGUGCCCCAACAUCUUCUGA